UGAACGCAAACGCGCUGUGCUUCUUGUCCGCUCGCGCUUGAUUUAAUGUCUUUUACGUUUUAGUUAAAUGUUGUGUUGUUCUAUCGGGACAACGCGAAUGGACUAUGAUGCGGAUAUGAUUUGUGUUCGUGUCUUUGAUGCGUUUUAUAUACUGUGUUAUAUACUGUAUGUAUUUAUAUAUCUUUCUUGGAUUCAUCAUCAUGUGAAGUUAAUUUAUCUUUUGGUGAGAAUGUUGAGGAAUAUGACUUACAGAGUAACCUCAUUUGGUCUCUUCUUAUUGGUCGUGCACUGUGUGUUUGGUGCUGAUGCAGAUGAAGUGAAGUCAGUGAUGGAGGGAGAUUCUGUCACACUAAACACUCAUCUUACUCACAUACAGAGAGACAUACAGAUACUGUGGCAGUUUGUUAAUCGAGGGACUCGUAUAGCUGAAAUCAAUACACAUGGCAGCUCUAUAUAUGAUGAUGAUGAGAGAUUUAAAGGCAAAUUACAGCUGGACAGUCAGACUGGAUCUCUCACCAUCACAAACAUCACAAUAACAGACUCUGGACUUUAUAAACUACACAUCAUCAGUGACAGAGGAACUUCAUACAAGAGAUUCAAUGUUACUGUCUAUGCUGGUCUGCCUGUUCCUGUCAUCAUCAGAAACUCUUCUCAAUGUUCUUCAUCAUCAGAAAGAUCUUCAGUGUCAAAAUGUGUGUUGUUGUGUUCGGUGAUGAAUGUGACACAUGUGAGUCUCUCCUGGUACAAAGGAAAGAGUUUAUUGUCCAGCAUCAGUGUGUCUGAUCUCAACAUCAGACUCUCUCUACCUCUGGAGGUGGAAUAUCAGGAUACAAACACAUACAGAUGUGUCUUCAACAAUUCCAUCACAAACCACACACAACAUCUUUACAUCAUUUAUGUCUGUCAGCCGUGUUCUGGUAAGACAGCAAUAAAUAUUAUUAUUUAUUGAACUGAUCUAUUGCCCCUCUUCUGUCUCUUCUCUUCUGACAUAUUUGUUAAAAUAAACCAUCAUUAGAUUUUUUUUGUCCAUGCCUAAUACAGUUCAGGUUAGUGUACUUCUAAAAGUGUACUUCUCUUUCUGUUAAAAUAAUUACGGCAUUUUAUACUCACCAUCAUAAACUUUCAACUGAAUUAGCUUCAAACUAAAUGUCUUUUUUGUUAAUUACAGAACGCUACCCAUGUUUACGAUCCAGAUGGCUGAUGGCUCCUCCCGCUUUGAUGCUGCUACUGGUCAUAGUACUGAUCAUAGUAAUUAUAUGACUAUUUACCCGUGUUAUUGAAGUGCAAUAUAAUAUGAACAAAAUUCUAUUGAUACGCUUUGAGUAUUAAUAUGUUCAUCCUUAUUACAUUGGCUUAAUGGAGGUGUAAAAAUGAUGCCAAGUCUGUGUACGUACAAUAUAAAUAGAAAUGCUGCUUGUAAAUUCAACCAAUAUGUGUUUUGAAUGGGUUUAAAUGUGCAAUUUUGAAGGCUUUAAGGUACACACAAUGUAUACAGCAGUCCCUUAAAGUAAGAUAUUGCCAAGAGUCAUAAGCUGCUGUAUCAACCCUCAUCCACUGUCAGGUGUGUUUUUUAUAGAUGUUUUAUAUUGUGUUAAGGUGAUCGUUUAAAAUGUGCAUUAUUUUAGCCUUGAGGCUGUAGACAAUUAUAGAAUCAGAAAAUAAAGUAUUACAGAUUUCUGUUUACAUAAAUAUCAGCACUUUCAGAUUCAAUAUAGCAUUUAGGGGUCUAAGCGCUGACGAUUGUAUGUAUCGCACAUGAUUCAAUUGCUCAACAGGAUAUUUUUUGGUAACAGAGUUGUCUUUAGAUUUGUGAACAAAUCUUAAUAAAGAAAAUAA